AUGAAUGAAUGGUUGGCUAAUGUCGCUCUUCCAUUUUCAGUGCCCGUGUACCUGCCAUUCCUUCUUGUUGGCUCUGUAUUUGUGGCAUUUGUUGUUGGUGGCGCCUGUGUUGGAAUUUGCUGCUGCAAAUGCUUGAAAUCCCAGGACGAGGGGCAGCAAAGUGGACUUGCGCCUGGCCAGGCUUGGCUGCUAGAGCCUGAUCUUCCUUCUCGCCUCUCCAGUUCCAGUUCUGCCACCAGAAGCUCACUGAGCAGUGGUCCUCAGACUAGCAACAUCUGCAUGACUCUACCUCCAUCCCUUCCUAUUAUUGGGUUGGCUGAAGAUGCCCGGUUCUUAAGUCCUCCACCCACCAGUGGACAACUCUUGCACCCUUCACAUGCGAACCACAGAAUACCAACUGAUCAUACGGCAAUAAUGGCUCCAGCACCUUUCCUUAAAAGAACAAUUUAUGGACGCAGUGCUAACGCAUCCCCUCUUGGGGUAACACAGGGGGACCACAUGAUGUAG